AUGAGCGGAUACCGGAGAUUUGUCGUCAAUUUUACCGUAAGAAUUACAUUUUAUUAAGCAUUAAUGAUGUGAUUGUUGUCCACAAUUAAAAAAGAGCAUUUUCAGUGCUGGGAUUUCCUGUUUUCUUUAUCUCUUGGCUAUUUAGUAAAGCCGGAGCUGAUCUUUCCCUAUGAUGGCUUCUAUAUCAAUGGAUUAUUCAAGUAUUUCGGAGACAGUGGCGCCAAAUUGUCGGUAAGACAAUUGAUUUUAAGAUAAAGUAACGGCAAGAUCAAAAUUUUCAAUCACGUUUUUAGUUCGUAUUUCUCAUAAAUACGGCCUGUCACAUGCUGUCAACUCAAGUCUACUGUUUGUUUUUUCGCUAUGCCAUCUUGCAAACAAGUCCAAGAUUCCUGGAGUUUACGUUAUCUUGGAAAACUUGGAUCAGAGGCUGGAUAAUUGCUUUCGCCAUCUCCAGCUCUGCGGGAUUUUUCAUUUUUGCGCCGAUUCAAAAAUCACAGGCGGUAAGGACAAUUUGUUUUUCUAGAAACGAAAUUUCCUCUAGGCUGUCGUGUUUCUGUGGCUUUAUAUACGUAGUAAUGUCAGCAUCCUCACAUACUUUUAUUUACAGGAAGUUCGCAAUGAGAUCAUCGCGCUCUCCCAGCAAUUUGAAGAUCCGCAGUUGCCUGAUUUCAGUCGGUUAAUUCUUUACAUUUCCCCAAACACUGAUAAAAUCGUCUAUGCUGGAGUUUUCGUGUUCGUUGGGUUUUUCAUAUUCGAAGUGGUAUCAAUCAGCGUCGUAAUUGUGGUAUUACGGCAACUGGAGGAGAAGAAAGCCAGUUUUUCUCCGGAGACCUACAGACUGCAUAAACAAUUGACUGUUGCGUUGGGGGUUCAGGUAAGAAACAUGCAAAUCUAACAGCUAUAUCGUACAGUAAAUCAAGAUACGAUUCUUCUGUAAGGACCAGUUUUUAUAGCUUCUCACUCCAUUUCUCCAUAUUGUCGCGCCUUUUACACUCUUCCUUCUUUUCAACUACCCAUAUGGCACCAUGAGUUACGCAACAGGGACUCUGUUUAUCAUGUAUAUUGAGCUCUAUGGUACAUCCAAUUCAGUGAUUACUUUGUAUAUGGUAAAACCAUAUCGGGUCUACCUCAAAUCAAAAUUCAUGGCAUUUAUUCGGCUAAUUACCAUUGGAAAAUACGGGAAUGAACCUGAACCUAUCAUGGUGAUGGCUCCGGAGAGCACACUAAACACUUUUAUGCCAUAA